UCGGCUUCUCCUUCGCUUUGGCUCCAAUGUCGGAGGUGUUUGUGCCUGGAAGAAAUGGACUCUGGCAAUGCACGAAUUUGAUCAUUCAGAGAUCCGACCAGCUGAGUCUGUGAAUGGCGCCAAAACAGGACCCUAAACCUAAAUUUCAAGAAGGUGAAAGAGUCCUGUGCUUCCAUGGGCCAUUGCUCUAUGAGGCAAAGUGUGUAAAGAUCAAUAUAAAGGAUAAACAGAUUAAAUACUUCAUUCAUUACAGCGGAUGGAACAAAAACUGGGAUGAAUGGGUUCCUGAAAGCAGAGUUCUCAAAUAUGUGGACAGCAACCUUGCGAAACAAAAAGAGCUUCAAAAGGCCAAUCAGGACCAUUAUGUUGAGGGAAAGAUGAGGGGUUUAGCACCAAGCAAGAAGAUUGCUGCUGUGCAGCAGAAAAAUGUUGAUCUGAAAGUGAAAAAGGCAAAACAGAAGACCCCAGGGCCGGGUGAAGGUACCAGCAGCGGAGAAACACCCCAGGGACCACGGAAGAAGAGGGCUCGGGUUGAUCCCACUGUGGAGAGUGAGGAGAUGUUCACCAACCGCGUGGAGGUGAAAGUGAAGAUCCCCGAGGAGCUGAAACCCUGGCUGGUGGACGACUGGGACCUGAUCACCCGACAAAAACAGUUAUUUCAUCUGCCUGCUAAGAAGAAUGUAGAGACUGUCUUGGAGGACUAUGCAAACUAUAAGAAAUCAAAAGGAAACUCAGACAAUAAGGAGUAUGCAGUAAACGAGGUGGUGGCGGGGAUCCGGGAGUACUUUAAUGUCAUGCUGGGCACUCAGCUGCUAUACAAGUUCGAAAGGCCGCAGUAUGCCGAGAUCCUGGCUGAACACCCGGACAUGCCGAUGUCUCAGGUGUACGGAGCGCCACACUUGCUGCGCCUCUUUGUUCGUAUUGGAGCCAUGCUGGCCUACACUCCACUGGACGAGAAGAGUCUGGCUUUGCUGCUCAGUUACCUCCAAGAUUUCCUAAAGUACCUGGUAAAGAAUUCAUCCACCCUCUUCAGUGCCAUCGACUACGAAGUUGCACCCCCAGAGUACCACCGCAAGGCUGUGUGAGAGCACUCAGCACACCGCUCCUAUUGAGACACGUCAUCCCCAUCUCCCAGACCACAUGUAAAAUAGCCAUUACUACCCUUUGGAGUGCAGCAGCCUAGCAUUAGAUUUUCCACUUGAACUGAUACACUUCCUCCUCAGAGGUCUCAGGAGCUUGUCACAGUUCGGAAGUAAAAUAAAAUUAGGAAGCCUUUUUUUUUUUUUUUUAAGCUGAAUAUCUCUCCCUUUGUUCGUCUCUCAGUUCUUUGACAAGAAGCAAGAAAAACAAAUUCUGUUGACAAGUUACUGAUUCCACAAGCAGCUCUUUGGUGUUUUUGUGCAUUCCAUCUGAUAGAUAUUUGUUACUGUUGCAUGUGUGUAUUUAUUAGUGCUUCUUCUGCCACGAGGUGCAAUUUAAUGCUGGAACAAGCGGUCAGCACUCAGCAGUCAGUGUUUUUGUAUCUGUAUCUUGUGUAUUUGUAUCAAUUUGUAAAAAAAAAAAAAAAAAAAAAA